CCUCUAUUUAAAAGUGGGGCAAAGAGAGGCUUUUAAAACUAAAUAAACAAACGAUAUGUUGAAAAUCGUGCUCUUCACGGUUCUCGCGGCAACCGUACAAGCCCAGUUGAACAACUCGACCAACUGUGUUCAGUACUACAAUCCUUGUGCUGGAACAUCGAAUGCGGACAGCGUAAACUGCUGCAACUAUCCAGCUGUCGUCUGCCUCCCGGACGCGCAGAAUGGUACUUCCUGUCUCUCUCCCCUGGAUCUGGUCAAUAUUUCGCCUCAGUUAACCGGUCUCCAGGUGUUUCAACCUAUGUUCCAGGGGCUUCAGAACAAUGCCCAAGCCAUCUCGGACUUGGUGGAGAUCAACGGACAGACCGUCUACAACCAGACUGAGAUUUUCACCCCGUCCUCGACAUCCGUCAACAACGGCUGAAGCCGGAAAAACACAGGAGAUUAAAGAAACAAUAAACACCUGUUUCAACUGAACAACCAUCAACCAUAAGUUUUCAUUCGACAUCUGUUCAUUGCUUGUAUAAAUGAUUUUUAAAAAAUAUCUAGAAAAAAGAAAAGUACAAAGACUUCCAUAGAAUGAAAAUGAAAUGAUUUUAUCCUGAAGGUGAAAACAGAAAUAUUUCUACACCUGCCAACCUAAACUGUUUAAAAAUAAUCUCACAUAAUCCUUAAUUGCGAUAUUCUUCUAAUUUUAUUGAUUGUUUUACGAUUAUAUUGAAUAAACUGAAAAUUUAAUUGUA